CUUUCUCAUCCUGUUGGCUUCUCUGAAUGCUUUAAUUGUACUUCAUACUUCAAAUCUAUUGCUGAUUUUAUUUUUUUCUUCUUCUCUGUUCUCUUUCAGAAAGAUGAGGUGUACCUCAACUUGGUGCUGGACUAUGUUCCUGAAACAGUAUACAGAGUCGCCAGACAUUAUAGUCGGGCCAAACAGACACUCCCUAUGAUUUAUGUCAAGUUGUACAUGUAUCAGCUGUUCCGGAGUUUAGCCUAUAUCCAUUCCUUUGGGAUCUGCCACCGGGAUAUAAAACCACAGAACCUCUUGCUGGACCCUGAUACAGCUGUUCUAAAACUCUGCGACUUCGGAAGUGCAAAACAGCUGGUUCGUGGAGAACCUAAUGUCUCAUACAUCUGCUCUCGGUACUACAGGGCACCAGAGUUGAUCUUUGGAGCCACCGAUUAUACCUCCAGUAUAGAUGUGUGGUCAGCAGGCUGUGUAUUGGCUGAACUGUUACUAGGACAACCAAUCUUCCCAGGUGACAGUGGUGUGGAUCAGUUGGUGGAAAUAAUCAAGGUUCUGGGAACGCCUACAAGGGAGCAAAUUAGAGAAAUGAAUCCAAACUAUACUGAAUUCAAAUUCCCUCAGAUUAAGGCACAUCCAUGGACUAAGGUCUUCCGGCCCCGCACUCCCCCAGAAGCAAUUGCGCUAUGUAGCCGUCUGUUGGAGUACACCCCCACUGCCCGCCUGACUCCCCUGGAGGCCUGUGCGCAUUCUUUCUUCGACGAACUACGGGACCCAAAUGUCAAGUUACCAAAUGGGCGAGAGAAACCUGCACUCUUCAAUUUCACCACUCAAGAACUGUCAAGUAACCCAUCUCUGGCUUCGAUCCUCAUCCCUGCUCAUGCCCGGAACCAAGCAGCUGCUUCAACCCCUACAAAUGCUACAGCGGCCUCAGAUGUUAACGCAGGAGAACGAGUUCAGACCAAUAGUGUAGCUACAGCAUCAGCCUCCAACUCCACCUGAACCAGUACCAAGCAGCCAGCUGCACAGGAAAAAUCACCAGUAAUUUGAGUCUUGCUCAGCAACACUGGUCACAUUUGGAAAGAAAAUUAGAAAGAGGAAAAAAAAAAAUCCAACAAACCAACCAACCUGUUCAUUUUAGUGUUCAAUUUUUUAUUAUUAUUAUUGUUGUUCUUAUUUAACCUUGUAAAAUAUCUAUAAAUACAAACCAGUUUCAUUGUAUUCUCACUCUGCAGGGUGUCCGGGGCAGGGGACUAGGUGGGGGGAGGAGGGAAAGCGGAGCAAUACAACACACCAAUGUCUCUCCCCUCGACAAUCUCUUCAUGUUGGAAGUUUGCUGUUGUGUACUUCAGACCCAGGACUCUUGCCUCAUGCCCCCUCCCACAACAGAAAGAAGGAAAAAACAAAACAAAAAAAAUACCCAAACCUUAUUCUCUGCUGAAGUUCUUUUUUU